UACCAGCAAAAUAAUAUCUGCUCAUGGAGCGGCGGCCUCCGCAGGGUCAUGCCCUUAUGAUACGGAGGUGGCGAUUUUGUUUCUGGCCUACUGGUCGCGUCCCCUUCUCCUUUUUAGACGCGUCACGAAUAUCAUCAGGCGUCUUUGUUUGGCACCUUUCUCCAUGCAGUGAUCUGUCCUCCUCAGACACCUCUUAAAUCCUACAGUCUUGCCCCCUCCACACCUGGAGAUACUGUCUCACGUCUAUGCACUAUCCUGCGACACUGGUUCUGUCUUGCCAUUUGUUCUGAGAAGCAGACAAAGCAAGCAGGUCCAGCAGUGGCUACUCCUUUCAUCUCAUUGCAACAUCAAGCACCUCGACUAUCGGACAUCUCCUAUUAGUCGUCAAAAUGCCUCUCUACAUGGGCGGCUGGAUACCCUACCCGCAUCGUGUUCAACUAGACGGUCUACAGGCUCUGAACGCUGUGAAGCUUGCGCCUAAGCUUCUCCAACACCCGGACAUGAGCUCGUCUGAUAUCUACAAGAUCCAGGACGGAGUACGGAACUGUGACAACUUUCUGAAGUACCCUAAGGGUAUGACGCUGCAGUCGUACAGCAAGUUGUCUAAAUUCUUGACUUCUUAUGUCAACCAGCGAGUCCUCUGGUGCCAUGGAGACCGUCAGAACCUUGUAGCGAGCGCAGUGCCAGCGGUGUACGAGCUGUCGAAGAUUGACAAGUCGAAGCUCCCGGAGGAUCUCCGCCUUGCUUUGGAAAGACUCACCGAUUAUGGUGACUUCUAUGAAGAAGUCAUAGAACUACUGAGUUGCAAUUUGUGCUUCGGCGAAAUGCUGCAUAACCAGAUUGACCCACGCACUCAGCGCAGGUUUACCUGGACGGACAUUUCGAAGGACCUGAAGCUAUACCAUGAGUCUCAAAACGGCGCUGACCAUCUUCGCGACACCCCACACUUCGAUCUGAUAUGCAAGGUUUCAGAAAGCAUUCGUGAAGCAGCUCAAGCCAUGGGUGCUCCCAAGGGUGCCGUCGAAUGGCAACUCACACAUUAUGCCAUCUAUCAGGAACACCCCCUGGGGCCGAAGAGACUUCUGCGGACCGGAAACUGGCCUGGUCUUGCAAAGGAGCUCACGGCUUCGCUCCGGGCCUUGGGGGGUCUAUGGAGAGGCCCAUUCGAAGUCGAUUGUCUCCAACGCAACGCAGCACGUGUGAUGAUCAUAGUUCUGAGACUCAUCGAACAACAUUGGUUCAGCAAUAUCUUUCAGGAUGGAAACAGACCUCUCUUUUUUCUCCUGGCAGACAGGGCCGGAGAGCUGAGCCGUCAGAUAGCGGAUACCGGAAGCUACCGUCCCCGUGAGGACAGACGCAGUGUCCCAAUGUUCAACCCAGCCGAUUUGAAUGACGCUCUCUGUGCUAGGGUGAAAAUACGUGACUACUCCCUGACCUGGGACAGUUCCGCAUUCAUAUUGACCUACGAGGGUAUGGACAUUCGCCCUCUUGAUGGAGAGACCUGGCCGCAGGAACUCGAUGGCUAUGGUCUUAUGUCCUUUCUCAAGGUUCAGCCUUCGCGCGCCCAGGCUAUCAUGAAAUUGUGGGAGACCGUGAAAGCAAUCAACAGCAGGCUUGCGGUAGCGCUUCCUCUCGAGGAAUGGGUCCUUGAAAAGAUCAAACACGAUCUUGAAUUCACCAUGAUUUCUGCCCUUCGGUCCCCGUCGUUCUACACGAACAAAUUUCUCGAGAAAGUCCUUCAGGUUGCCGGUCUCGACGACCACGAUAUGGUCAAACUUGGCUUCUCCUCCUUGGCGAACCGCGGAAUUGUAUGUCUGACGACUCACGACGGCAUCGCCGCCAUUGGCGAAGAGCUGCCUGAACACCGGAAGAGCUCUGUUGCCGUGAUCGCGAACCAGCUCGCUUCAGGGUACGUGCCGGGUAACAUGGACUAUAUCCUCCUCACCCCGCAGAUCGAGCACUGCACUAUCCCGAGCGAAAACCCCUGCGCGGUCAUCAUCAUCGAGGCGAUGGACCGUGCUGCCAAUCAGGCAAUCAAGGCCGCCGACGAAGAGCUUGACGAGAUGACAGAGGUCCGGGUUCGCCGCGCGUGGAUAGAUCUCAACCUUGCACUGAGACAUGUCCUCAAUGAAGAUGGACCCAUUGACUACGACGAGAAACUCUGCAAAGAAAUUGUCAUCAACGCUGGAAAGACGAACAUUGAACUUUACAUGUGUCAUUUCGUGCGCCACCCUACCUUUGGACUUCUUCGUCGAGGACAACUUCCUGGGUUCUAGGUGCCCGGCCGAACACAUCAUCAUUCAAUUCAAUACAAAGAAGUCUUCGGAGUGGACAGCUAGGGAAAUUUCAUGUGGUUGUGGACAUGAUGAGAUUGGCAGUUUUCUUUUCUUUUCUUUUACUUACAAUUUUUCCACGGUCUCAUAAGUAGGCGUCAUGACUCCUAUCAUUUGGUAAUUUCUGGGGAAGGGGCGGGGAGCAUGACUACCUGGGUAAUAUUUUCUUGUCUAAAUGUACGAAUACCCUUUUCAGAAC